AUGUUCAACAGGAGCCUGGUGACCACGUUCUUCCUCACGGGCCUUCCCCACCAGCCCGCCCUGGACACCCCGCUCUUUGGACUCUUCCUGGCGAUCUACAUCCUCACGGUGCUGGGGAACCUCCUCAUCCUGCUGGUGAUCAGGGCGGAGCCUCACCUGCACACCCCCAUGUACCACUUCCUCAGCAACCUGUCCUUCAUCGACAUGUGGUUCUCCACCGUCACGGUGCCCAAGGUGCUGAUGACCUUGGUGUCCCCGGGCGGCAGGGCCAUCUCCUUCUGCAGCUGCGUGGCCCAGCUCUACGCCUUCCACCUCCUGGGCAGCACCGAGUGCUUCCUCUACACGGUCAUGUCCUACGAUCGCUACCUGGCCAUCACCUCCCCACUCUAGUACGCCAGCGUGAUGAGCGCGAGGACGUGCGCCCUGCUGGCCGCCAGCACGUGGCCAAGCGGGAACGAGAUGGUCAUCUUCGUCAACAUCGGGCUGGUGGCCUCGGGCUGCUUUCUCCUGAUAGCGCUGUCCUACGCGUCCAUCGUCCGGGCCAUCCUGAGGAUCCGCACCACGGAGGGGAGAUGCCGAGCCUUCCAGACCUGCACCUCCCACUGCGUCGUGGUCCUGUGCUUCUUUGUUCCUUGUGUUUUCAUUUACCUGAGGCCGGGCUCCAGGGACGCGGUGGACGUGGUUGUGUCAGUUUUCUACACCGUGCUGACCCCGCUUCUGAAUCCCGUGGUCUACACCCUGAGGAACAAGGAGGUGAAGAGAGCUCUGUGGAAGCUGAAAAGUAGGUCAGUACUCACUUAG